UACUAUUAACCAAAUACCGGCAGUGCACUACAGAAGUUGUUCAGCGGUGGAGGAGGCCUGGACGAGAUGGGUGAAACAUGCUUGGAUGAGAAGGAAUUUGAUGACUGGUUUAUCGAGUCUUUGAAAAUGUAAGUACGAGGUAUUUUGUGAAAGUGAGUUGAGACUUCCAUGAUGUCUUUUAGUUGCAUAAAUGAUGCUUCACAUCACACGUCUCUGCAGGAAAACAACAGGGGUACAUUCACAGGCGUAACGUUUUAGGACGUUGUAGAUAGGACUAGGUUAUAGAUCAAAGUAGCCCCUAUACACCUCCCUUUCAGAUACAAUAAUAUUCAUGAGUAUCAACUUGAACAUCCUACAAAAGUAAUUGAAUGGACCACAGAAAAAGGUAGGCCUAUUCAUAAUUGGCCCAUGUUAUAAGGCAGUACAUUUGGAUUAUAACCAACAACAUUGAUUGUGUUUUAUUGCCCUUUUGUCUUUACCUCACAGCUAUCUGUGUCGCAGGUUACAGUUGAUCUAAAAAUGACAUUUUAGAGCUGCUUUUGCCUCUGAAGCUCUUUGCUGAUGACAAUUAGGUAAUGGAUUGAAAUGAUAAAUACUUCACGAUAUCAGUGAUGAAUUGGAAUGUCAGUGACUGCCAAGGUGUCUGUCUAUUCAAGGUGUGCAGGGUCUUUGUGCAGUGCGAGAUGUCAAAGUGGUCCUUGGAGGUUUCUCAGAUGGCGCCGUUCAUUGCCUUAAACACAUUCCAGGAACAAGGGGCUGGUCACUGGCUGGUUGCUCACCGAAAUGCAGUGGAACAUAAAUACAAAAAUACACGAACUAAGAAAUCAGAGGGAAACAGUUUUGCCUCAAACUCAAUUGUGUCUGAGUGCACACGGGUUGAAGAGUGUGCGACAUCAGAUAUUCCUGGCUACACAUUGGAUGCUCCUCUCCUGUUGUCAUUGCAUUGUGUGGACAAGCCAUCUGACCUGUGCUCUGUUGACAUCAGUGAGCAGAGAUUGAAUUUGAUCAAUACAGAAGACUUCCUGGAUUUUGAGAAUGUUGCUUAUGUCAACGCAUCUGACAACAGUCUUACCAUAGAGCCUUUUGGUAAAUUCCCCUCCCUGAGGGAACUUGAGCUAUCCUUGAAUGGCCUCUGCAAUGUGACACUCAAUGCGGAAGACUUCCCUCACCUGGAGGUGUUGGAUUUGUCUUACAACAAUCUGUCUGGUGAUGACAUCAUGUCCGUUGGUCUACUUCCCUGUCUGAAAGUCCUUCAUCUCACCGGGAAUCAACUUCAGUUUCUUCCUCCCAACCUGGCAGCCCCUCCCCAUGGCCCCUCACAACGCGCAAAGGAUAAUGGCAUGCGAUUUCAAACUCUUGAAGUGCUGAUGCUAGAUGACAAUAAGCUGUCCUCUGGUGUCUUCAGCAGCCUUGCCAACCUGAAAAGGCUACAGCAUUUAAACCUGCAAGGGAAUCGUAUCUCAGAGGUACCAGAGGUGUUGCCGAGGAACCUGCAACAGAAGGGAUAUCUGCAACACCAGCAGGUGUUUCACAAACAAAAUUGUGACCUACAGGACCUCAGGAAUCACCGUUUCUUUGAGGGGUUAGAGACUGAAUACAUGAAUGCCGUCUCCGGUGUUCCGGAAAACCAGCAUGAACAUAUCAAGAACAGUUCAGAGGAUGAGUGUGGUCAAUCCAAAAACGAUUCCCCCAUUCGCAUAUCCCUUGACACUGAGGAAUUUUCUGGAGCAUACGGUUUGCCACUACCAGAGCUUUGUUUCCUCAAUCUGGCUGACAAUAAGAUUGUUGAGGAAGAAGCACUGUUGUCUGUGGCCCUGUUUCCUAUGCUCAGUGAGAUUGUUAUUCACUCCAACCCACUGACCACACAGAGAAGUGGUGACCCACCACUUCUGACAUACUUUCUCCAGGAAAGGUUGGGUAUUAGAAUUAGGCGCAAAAAGACAUCAGAAGUUGUGAAGCCCCCUUUGAUAUUAUGUAUUGACUCAAAACGAAAGGUAAAAAACAAAAUCCCAAAGGUAACAAAGGUGCCUUUAUUGAUUCUCCUUGAAGAACCUUCUAGUCCUGCCUUACUUGAUCCUGGCUCUCUGGAGGAGAAGCAUGUUGAAGAUCACUGUACGAAUCCUCUCUCAGUAGAGAGAAAGUCAACAGAAAAGUCUGGCUGCUCCUCACACGCAAUGGAUGAGGAAAAUAAACAGGAAUCCAUGGGAACUGCUCAUAGAGUCGAGGCCAUAGAGGAUGCAAUAGAAUCAUCAGAUGAUACCUUCCAACAUGGAGAGUCAUUCUUUGUGACGCAGGUGACAGAUUUACAUGAUGAAUCUGAAUACCAUCUGCUAUCUGACGAGACAGAAGAAGUCAAAGAGAUUCAGGAGAAAAAUGAGUCAAAUGCAAUUCCAGGAAAAUUCAGAGGCUUUGAAUUGCUAUUGGAUGCCAAACCAGAUCCAGACAUGGUGGAGCCUGUUGGACUACAACACACUGUGAGAAUGUUGGAACAAAAACUCAAGAAUCUCCUAGUUUACAGAGAUUCCAAACCUAACCUUGAUUGCCUGCAGAAGCCAUAUGAAGAGAAGGAGAAAAGGAUUGGAAAUCUACCAUCUCUGAGACCAAGAAAGCAGAGAGGAGAAAGAGUUGAAGAGAUGCUCAUACAAAUAAACGAGAGGAAAACAAUCAGCGAAAUCCCUCUAACUAACGUCUUAGAAGGCAAGGGCGUCUUCAAGGAUGAGUAUGAAGAGGCUUUGACUUUGCUGAGGGAUAUGAAGAAAAGGUACAAGAUGGUUCACAUGAAGGCAGUGGAGCAAGCAACACAUAUUGAGUAUGAGAGGACCACCAACCACAAGUAGAGAUUCACAAACUCUGUUACUUUCAUGAAACAUGAACAUUAAACAAUCAACCAAACACUCUUCUUCCAAUUUAGGUGAAGAGAAUGAUCAGCUACAAAUUAUUUCUGGGCUGAAGGGAAAACGUUCUUAUUGAGUUUAUUUAGCCCAUCUAUGACAACUGUUAAUGUAUAACAUAAUGUAUAUGUAUAACAUUAUCAUCAUGCAUUUGUUUGUCUUUCAUUAUUAAAUAGCUCUGUUUCAACUUUAUUCAACCUUGACAAGAAGGUGACAGUGGAUCUUGCAAAUGGAGACACUGUCACCCAGGCUCAUGGCAGUUUUGUAUUUCAGUGGGGUAUCAAUAAAAUCUGUUUUAAUAAAAUAGUUGGUAAAACAAUCUAA